GCCACAGGCGGUGCAUUCAAACGAAAGAAAAGGAGGCGACAACACGAGCUACACUAACACGAGCGCGUUUCGUCUAGGUGGUCCUGACACUGGUGGCACCGCAGCGACUGCAGAUAACUCGUCGAGUGAGCCCAGCGCCCGAAACCACCCACGAAAUGAGCGCGCCUCUGCAGACGGUAGCCUCGGACAUCCGCAGCCUCUCCUCGCAGCUGAGGACCAUGUCGACGACGGAGGUCGACAUGUUGCACCCUAUCGUGGCGAAGUCGACACUGAUCCAAGGAAGGCGUCACGCACUCUCCGACAUGGUCAACCACAGCUGCUCUGGCGGCGCCCCCAGCGAGAAGACAAGCAGCGUGGACCAAGGACCACCGCCCACAAUCUGCUCCAGUGCAGAUGGGACCAAGCUGCGCCCCGUUGAAGUUCACAGUGCCACAGCACGAACAUGCCUGAAUGUACCAAGUCCAGAGCCAGUCGUGCCUCUUCCAGAGGACAUUGCUCAGAGUCCCGAAGAGAAGGCUGGCGACCUCUCCAUGGAAGUGAUGCACACCAAGCUCGACUGCUCGGAUGAGCUUUGCGUGCUGUCAGAAGAACCUCUCGCUGUGGCAGAUGAUGCUCUGGAAGACAGCUUGCUGUCAUCGAUCGCUGCACCUGGCAUGGACCAUCUCGCUGAAGGACUUUCGAACCAGCUGGAGCUUGAGUUCGCAAAGCUUCCCUGCGAUGCAUCCGAAUGGCUGGAACCAGUCCCUGACGUGCCAGUCCCAGCGCUGGAACUCAGUGUGGAUGGCCUGUCCGAUCCAGAUGAAGAAGACUUGGAGAUGGAAGCCAUGUAUUUAUAUGACGACGAAGAGGGCUUCUUCGAGUUGCCGGAUGAGUUUAAACUGGAGGACAAACACUUUGAGGUGUUCAGGGACGUGCGUGGCGUGAGGCUACACCAGAAACUCAACGUGGCGGUCAUCCCAUGUACGCCUCCGGAGUUUGCACUGCCGCCUGCGUUGGACUUGGGCUACUUGGAAGACAACUUUGUGGACCUGGAGGCAAUCGACAAACCUAUCCCACAAGACAGCCUUCAAUUUGUGCCUCUGGACUGAGCAAGCUCCACAUCAGUGCCUUUAAUCUGCCACUGGCAGUCCACGUCUGCACCUGGUUGACUGAGCCAUGUCUAGCGAGCACCGUUUUAGUCUUUUCUUUCCUUUUUUUUUUUUAAUGAGCGUGGGGACAUAAUCGGAGCUCCGAGGAUUCUGCGCAUCUGCCAACCAAAGAAAAUAUAAUCCGGCAGCUUGGAUUAUGUGCUCUGCCUGCCUCCUUUUUUAAGUACCCGCUGACCAGUUCUUGGCUCUCAAUUUUAGCUCUCGGAACGCAUCAGAGUGGGGUGUAAAUAAAGUGUUUA